GCAGCAUGCAGGGGCUGCUGGUCUUCACUGUGCUGCUCGGAGUUGCCUUUGGCAAUGAGGACUUUGUGGGGCACCAGGUGCUCCGAAUCUCUGCAGCUGAUGAAGCCCAGGUGCAGAAGGUGAAGGAGCUGGAGGACCUGGAGCAUCUGAAGCUGGACUUCUGGCGAGGCCCCACGAACCCAGGCUCCCCCAUCGAUGUCCGAGUGCCCUUCUCCAGUGUCCAGGCUGUCAAGGUCUUCCUGGAGUCUCUUGGGAUCAGGUACAAGAUCAUGAUCGAGGACGUGCAGUCACUGCUGGAUGAGGAAAAGGAGCAGAUGCUCUCCUCCAAGCCCAGGACCUGGGUGCGGUCCACCGACGCCUUUAACUAUGCCACCUACCACACCCUGGAGGAGAUCCAUGACUUCGUGGACCUGCUGGUGUCUGAGAACCCACAGCUGGUCAGCAAGAUCCAGAUUGGAAACACUUAUGAAGGUCGUCCCAUUUAUGUGCUGAAGUUCAGCACAGGAGGGAACAACCGUCCAGCCAUCUGGAUCGACACAGGCAUCCAUUCCCGGGAAUGGGUCACCCAGGCCAGUGGGGUCUGGUUCGCCAAGAAGAUCACUGAAGACUAUGGCCAAGACCCAGCUUUCACUGCCAUUCUUGACAGUAUGGACAUCUUCCUGGAGAUUGUCACCAACCCUGAUGGUUUUGCCUUCACCCACAGCAAGAACCGCCUGUGGCGCAAGACUCGUUCCCUCACAGCAGGCUCCUCCUGUGUCGGGGUGGACCCCAACAGGAACUGGGAUGCUGGCUUUGGGAAGGCUGGAGCCAGCAGCAACCCCUGCUCAGACACGUACCAUGGCAAGUUCGCUAACUCUGAAGUGGAGGUCAAGUCUAUCGUAGACUUCGUGCAGAGUCAUGGAAACAUCAAGGCCUUCAUCUCCAUCCACAGCUACUCUCAGCUCCUUCUCUACCCCUAUGGCUAUAAAAGCGAAGAUGCCCCUGACAAGGAAGAGCUGGAUCAGCUGGCCAAGUCCGCCGUGACAGCCCUUGCCUCUCUGUAUGGGACCAAGUACCAGUAUGGCAGCAUCAUCAAAACAAUUUAUGAAGCCAGUGGAAGCACUGUGGACUGGACCUACAGUCAGGGCAUCAAGUACUCCUACACCUUUGAGCUCCGGGAUACUGGGCGCUAUGGCUUCCUGCUGCCAGCCUCACAGAUAAUUCCCACAGCUAAGGAGACGUGGCUGGCACUUCUGACCAUCAUGGAGCACACCCUGAAUCACCCCUACUAAACCAGCCCUUUGGCAUCUUCCUCUGUCCUCUCCAUCCCCACCCAAGCAACCCAAUAAAGAGUGUAUA